AUGGAUAAUCUUCCAACGCCCAGAGUGACUGUACCUCUGAGACCAUUCACAAUAUCCGGAGUCGAUUACUGUGGCCCAUUUUUUGUCAAACCUCGAAAAAAAGGACAACAAGGAACAAAGUGCUACAUUUGUGUAUUCAUCUGCUUCAGCUGCAAAGCAGUUCAUCUUGAGCUAGCUGAAGACAUGUCAACUGCUUCAUUCAUUGCUGCACUGCAACGUUUCAUAUCCAGAAGAGGGAGACCAUCAGAAAUUUACUCUGACAAUGGAACCAAUUUUUUUGGAGCCCAAAGAGAGAUUCACCACAUCUUGGACAGUGAAAAAUUCCAAACCUCAAUUGCUCAAGAGGGUAUAAAGUGGCACUUUCAGCCUCCAAGUGCACCAAACUUUGGCGGUUUAUGGGAUUCUUCAGUGAAACUAGUGAAAACUCACAUGAAAAGAGUUAUUGGUCAAUCAUGCUUAACAAUAAUAGAGUUCAUCACUCUAAUUACUCAAAUAGAGGCCUUUGUGAAUUCCCGGCCUAUUACUCCAAUGUCUGAAGAGCCAUCAGACCUUGUUGCUCUGACUCCAGCACACUUUCUGAUUGGCAGUGUUCUUACCGACCUUCCAGAACCCAAUCUUCUAGACAUAUCACAAAAUCGGCUCAAUCAGUGGCAACAUGUGCAGCAAAUGAAACAGCACUUCUGGGCACGCUGGUCAAAGGACUGA